AUGGCCGUUGAUACGCUAACAACAGUAACCAUAUUAUUUCUUUCUACAGGCGAGUCCCAGUCGUUGUCCUGUCCUAAAGUGCGCACGAGUAGUGGCUGGCUGGAUCUAUUCCCUCUGCCCUGCAGAAAGCAUGAAGAGUGUCUUGUGAUGGGAUCGCAGCAUCUUUGCUGCAAAGGUUUCUGUACAAAAGGUGUAAGGAAGUCAUCUGCUAUUCGAGCUAGUGAAGAGUUGGGCAGUAGUGUAGUCGAGUUGAUUAGCGUUACAAGUAGCACCAGCACAAGCACCCCUAGUACUACCACAAGCACAACCACCACGACUACGACCACGACUACAACUCCAAGUACCACCAGUUCAACAACCACCACGACCACACCAGCGCCAACAACGACAACGACGACAACAACGACUGAAGCGCCGCGGCCGUUCUUCCAGCUGCUGCCGAUACAAAACACACCAGCCUCGUCUUCAGCACCUGCCAAAGUUGGUAAGGGUCAGAAAUUCGUAUGCCCCAAGAAACCAGCGCCAGUGGUGUUGUUUCCAAUCCCUUGCGAAACCAAUUCACAGUGUCGCGCCAGCAGCGGUCCAGAUCAAGUGUGUUGUCAAGGACGCUGUGUAAAGGGUGAACCAGCUCCACGACCAAGCGUGCAAAAAUCACAUCAACCACUUCUAGGCGUUAUCCCGCGGGAAUGCCCAUCGACACCGCUAGGCGAGUUAUUGUUCGAAGUGCAGACGUGCAAGUCGGACGCAGACUGCUGGCCUCGCGUGUGCUGUCCCGACGGAACGCGCUCCUACUGUCGCACUGCGCGCGCGAGACUGGACCUCGUACCAGUGGCCAAUGCUGUUGAUGGACCCCUCCGGUCAUUUGAACAGUACUUACAAUGUACUCCGCCGCCUCAAUACGAUCCGUUUCCACAACGGUGCAGUUCUAGUGUAGACUGUUUCCCCAAUCUGUGUUGUGCCGAAGGUGGAAAGAAGCACUGCAGGCCUCCUCAACGGAGUCUUUUUUCCCUACUCGCAGGGGUCACACAGGUAAAAUUAUUUUAA